GCCCGACCCUGGGAGCGGCCCCCUGCGAGCACCACCUCCCUUCCCAGCCCCCGGCCGCCCCAUGAUGCCUCCGCCCUUCAUGCCGCCGCCUCCCGGGAUCCCCCCGCCCUUCCCUCCGAUGGCGCUGCCCCCGCUGCCCCAGAGGCCGCCUGCCGUGCCCCCGGGCAUGAUGCCGCCCAUGAUCCCGCCUCUGGGAGGACCACCCCCUCUGGCUCAGAUGCCGGGGCUGGGGCCUCCCAUGAUCCCGGGAAUGCUGGUGCCCCCAGGGCCCACAGGACCUGCUCCUGUCCCGGUCCCUGCAGUGACGGCUCCGGGCGUGGACACGGCCGGCUCUGUCGGGGCCGGGGCCGGGGCCUUGGGGGCCCCCCCGAAGCCCCCAUGGAGCGAGCGGCUGCCUCCCGACGGCCGUGUGUAUUACUAUGGCGUGGACAGUGAGCGUGGUCCAUGGGAUGUCCCUGGGGCCCGUCAGACCAAGGCCGAGCUGCUGGCCCAGGGCCCGUGGAGAGAGUUCCACUCGGACACAGGGCGCCCGUAUUACUACAACACUCAGAGCCGGGAAUCCCGCUGGGCCCGGCCCCCGGACCUGGACCAGCUGGAGGCUCUGAUCCAACAAGAGGAGGCAGUGGGGAAACAGCCACAGCCUCCAGCCCAGCCCGAGCCGUCCCCCAACACCGCCCCCAGCCCCACCGUGUCCCCCGAGCCUCCCGUGCACCCCGAGCCCGCCCAGCCGGACGCCUGUGAGCCCCCAGACCAGGCAGAGCCACCGGAUGAUGGGGCCCAGCCGCCAGAGGAGGCCAGCAGCAGCGACAGCGGGCCGCGGGAUGACGAGGAACCUCAUCCGGAGCCGGAGCGGCCCGGAGCCAGCUGGAACUGUAAGGAAAAGGCCAAGCAAGCCUUCAAGGAGCUGCUGCGAGAUAAGGGCGUGGGCUCCACUGCCUCAUGGGAGCAGGCCAUGAAGAUGGUGGUGACUGAUCCCCGCUACAGCGCCCUGCCAAAGCUGAGCGAGAAGAAGCAGACGUUCAACGCCUACAAGGCACAACGCGAGAAGGAGGAGAAGGAGGAGGCCCGGCUGAGGGCCAAGGAGGCCAAGGAAACCCUGCAGCGCUUCUUGGAGCGGCACAGCCGCAUGACCUCGGGCACCCGCUACCGGCGGGCGGAGCAAACGUUCGGGGAUCUGGAGGUCUGGGCCGUUGUGCCCGAGCGAGACCGCAAGGAGAUCUACGAUGAUGUGCUCUUCUUCCUCGCCAAGAAGGAGAAGGAGCAGGCCAAGCAGCUCAGACGUCGAAACAUCCAGGCCCUGAAGCGCAUCCUGGACGGAAUGAGCAGCGUCAGUUUCGACACCACGUGGGCUGAGGCACAGCAGCACCUCCUGGAAGACCCCCGCUUCACCCAGGACCGCGACCUGCAGAACAUGGACAAGGAGGAUGCGCUGAUCUGCUUCGAGGAGCACAUCCGCCUGCUGGAGAAGGAGGAGGAAGAGGAGCGGGAGCGUGUGCGUUUGAGAGAGCGGCGGCAGCAGCGCAAGAACCGCGAAGACUUCCAGACCUUCCUGGACGAGCUGCAUGAGACGGGGCAGCUGCACUCCAUGUCCACCUGGAUGGAGCUGUACCCAGCGGUCAGCACCGAUGUCCGCUUUGCCAACAUGCUGGGACAGCCGGGCUCCACCCCGCUGGACCUCUUCAAGUUUUACGUGGAGGACCUGAAGGCCCGAUUCCACGAUGAGAAGAAGAUCAUCAAGGACGUCCUGCGGGACCGGGGCUUCGGCGUGGAGGUCAGCACCACAUUCGAGGACUUUGCCCACGUCAUCAGCUUCGACAAGCGGGCGGCCACGCUGGACGCCGGAAACAUCAAACUGACCUUCAACAGUCUGCUGGAGAAGGCAGAAACGCGGGAGCGGGAGCGGGAGAAGGAGGCGGCGCGGCGGCUACGGCGACGGGAGGCGGCCUUCAGGGGCAUGUUGAGGCAGGCGGCCCCUCCGCUGGAGCCCGGCACCAGCUGGGAUCAGGUCCGCGAGCGCUUCGUGUGCGACUUCGCCUUCGAGCAGAUCACGUUGGAGUCCGAGCGGAUCCGCCUCUUCCGGGAGUUCCUGCAGGUGCUGGAGAGCGAGUGUCUGCCAAUCCCCAAGGGUCGCAAGCACAGCCGAAAGGCCAAGAAACACCACCACAAGCGUCCUCCACACUCCCCUUCUGGCUCUGAGUCCGAGGAGGACGACCUUCCCCCGCCGCCCCCCAAACGGCGGAAGCGGAACCCCUCCGAGUCGGGCUCCGAGCCCUCGUCCUCCCCCGAGUCGGCUGAGAGCGGCGGGGCCGGCCCGGGGCCCCGGGGUCUCCCCUUCAGCCGCAUCCCCCCGGGAGCAGAUCACAGUUCCCGAAAAUCCAAGAAACAGAAAAAGAAAAGCAAGAAAAAGAGGCACAAGUCGAACAGCCCGGAGAGUGAGGCGGAGCGAGAGCCGGAGCAGGAGGAGCGAGAGCGGGAGGCCCGGCGGGGGGAGCCCCAGCCUCGGUCUCCAGCCCGCCGGGGGGUCAAGAAGGAGAAGACAGGCUGGGACACGUCGGAGAGCGAGCUGAGCGAGGGGGAGCUGGAGCGGCGGCGCCGGACUCUCCUGCAGCAGCUGGAUGACCAGCCGUGAGCCCGGCCCGGCCCCCGACCCGGCCCUUGGCGUGACCGUGAGCCCUGCAGGCCGGGCCUCUCCCCUGCCCCGCUCCUCCUCUCUCCCUCCCUCCCCCUUGACCCCAGGCCCAGGUGGGGCUAAUCCGGUGCCAACUCCGGGCCUCCUCCUCUCUUGCCCCUGUCCGGCCCAGCAGCCCGACCCGGGUGCCCACUGGGAGGGGUGGGGGGGCGGAGGGGAGACCCGCUUCAGCCCCCGGCCGACGUGGGCCCAGGCCGAGGCCGGAGACGGCUGGAGUCGGGCCUGGGCCCGGCCCCUGCCCCUUCCCCGGCCUGCCAGCCAGGGCCGCGUGAAGAGGUACCCGUGGGGAACGACGGGGGGGCGGGGGCCGUCACUGAGCCACCUGCGGGGAGGGGCUGUGGGCCCUUAGGAGUGGCCUCCGCCCCGCUUUCCGGGGCCAUCAAGU